CACCCUUGUCUCAUUUUCAUCAUUCACAUUCACAUUCACACAAAUUUUUUUUACAAUGCCUCUCCUUUCCUUUCUUUGUUUUCUUUUUUUCAUAAUAGUUUCCCAAGCCAAAGUCAGAGGACUUGCAUCAUGUGAUAACAACAGAGGCAACUACACAGCCAACAGCACCUACGACAACAACCUCAAAACCCUUAUAUCUAGUUUCUAUUCUCAUAAAGAAAUUAACUACGGUUUCUACAAUUUCUCGUAUGGCCAGGAUCCAAACAAAGUAUAUGCCAUUGCAAUGUGUAGUGGAGAUCUUAACCCCAAUGAGUGUCUAACAUACCUAAACAGUUCUUUUACCGAUCUUAGAGAGCAGUGUCCAAAUCAAAAAGAGGCGAUUGUUUGGAGUGGGAGUUUAACUUUGUGGUACUCUAAUCGCUCAAUAUUUACGACAGUAGAAUAUAAACCUACAAAGGGUGUUGUAAAUGGGGGAGUUGUACCCGACGUGGACAAGUUUAGCGAAGCACUGAAUAAACUCUUGACAGAUAUUAAAGACAAAGCUGCAGCAGGUGACUCCCGUCUUAAAUAUGAUGCAGCUAAGUAUGAGAAUGCAAAUUUUAAGACUAUAUAUGGUGCUGUGCAGUGUGUGCCUGAUUUGUCAUCGCAACAAUGCAUUGAUUGCUUGGAAGAUAUAAUUUCAGCAAUUCCAAUUUGUUGUAAUGGCAGGAAAGGAGCACGAAUUUAUAAACCAAGUUGCCAUCUUAGAUAUGAAAUUUAUAACUUCUCUAAUGCUACCGUUGAGUUAUACUCAGUUGCAAAUCCACCAUCACAAUCCACCACUAACACUUCUUCAUCAGGACACAACAAAACACGUACUGUCAUCGCCAUAGCUGUGCCAUCUAUUUUUGUGGUUUUGGUAGCUAUUCUUAUAUGUUUCUGUUUGCGGGUGAGAAAACCAAAACACAGUUUUGAAGCUAACAAUGAAGAAUACGAAGACGAUGGAGAAGAUGAAAUAAUGGUUGUUGAGUCAUUGCAAUUUAGCUUUGAUAUCAUACAAGUUGCUACAAAUCACUUUUCAAAUUCAAAUAAAAUUGGGCAUGGAGGAUUUGGAGAUGUUUAUCGGGGUAAACUUUCUAAUGGACAAAAGAUUGCGGUCAAAAGGUUAUCAAUAGAUUCUGCUCAAGGAGACAGGGAAUUUAAAAAUGAAGUAACAUUAGUAGCCAAACUUCAACAUCGGAAUUUAGUCAAGCUACUUGGUUUCAGUCUAGAAGGAAGAGAAAGAUUACUUAUUUAUGAAUUUGUUGUGAAUAAAAGUCUAGAUUACUUCAUAUUCGAUCCGACAAAAAAAGCAUUGUUGAAUUGGGCCAAUCGCUAUGAAAUCAUAAGAGGUAUUGCACGAGGUCUUCUUUAUCUCCACGAGGAUUCUCGCUUGCGUAUUAUUCAUCGUGAUCUCAAAGCAAGUAACAUUCUCUUAGACAGUGAGAUGAAUCCUAAAAUAGCUGAUUUUGGAUUGGCAAAGUUGUUUGUUCUGGAUCAAACUCAAGGAAAUACUAAUAGAAUUGUUGGAACCUAUGGAUAUAUGGCACCAGAAUAUGCAAUGCACGGACAAUUUUCUGUAAAAUCUGAUGUAUUUAGUUUUGGAAUAUUGAUUCUUGAGAUAAUAAGUGGUCAGAAAAAUAAUAUUUGCAUUGGAAAUGAUGUUGAGUACCUACUAAGUUAUGCAUGGAAAAGCUGGAAUGAGGGAAGAGCUACAAAUAUUAUAGAUCCAUCAUUACAUAACAUUUCACAAAAUGAAAUAAUGAGAUGCAUUCAUAUUGGUUUACUAUGUAUUCAAGAAGAAGUGGAAGCCAGACCAACCAUGGCUAGUGUUGCACUCAUGCUUAAUAGUCAUUCUCUCACUCUUUCAAUACCAACGAAACCCGCAUAUUUUUAUGGAAGUGAAACUAGAAACUUACCAAAUAUCCAGAUAUCGGGUGGAAAUCCUAGUGGAUCACAUGAAUCGAUUAACCAGGUUUCAAUUACUGAUCCAUACCCGCGAUAGAUUUUAUUCAUAAGAGUGAUAUAUUCUUUUGCGAGGAAACCAAAUUGGUUUAUAAUAUUACAAAGUAGAUCUCUCUUUAAUUUUGGAAUAUCUUUGAGUUUAUAAUGUGGUGGAUUAACGAGUAUAGUAAAGUCGUGUACUUUUUAAAUUCAUUAAAUAAAGUGCAAAUGCAUUAAAUGUUUGUGUAAAUAUUUAUGCAUUAUGAUUUUUUAUAUUUAUUAUAUGGUCAACAACUUUUGAGGUUUUCAGGAAAGAAGUGUGG